AUGACACAGAAAAAGGUGGCUCCAGCAGAUCAGGCUGUUGAAGGAAGCAAACCUCCAAGCUACGAGGAGGCGAACGCAGGAUGUCCUGGUUAUUACUAUGGCGAAGGAGGGUUUUCCUGGGAUGACGCUGCUAUUAGACGGAUCUUCAUACGAAAGGUUUAUUCCAUUCUGAUGCUGCAGCUCUUCUCCACGGUUGCUGUCAUCGCUCUCUUCACAUUCCACGCUCCAGUCAGGAUGUACAUUCAGACUCAUCCAAUCCUGUACUCAAUCUCCAAUCUCCUGUUUCUCAUCACAUACAUCUCAUUGGCCUGCUGUGGUGAUCUGAGGAGGCAGUUCCCAUGGAAUCUUAUUCUGCUCACAGUCUUUACUCUGAGCAUGGCGUGCAUGUUGGGCUUUAUCUCCAGUUUCUACAACACUAAAGCUGUGGUUCUGUGUAUCGGCAUCACAGCGGUCGUGUGUUUGUGUGUGACGCUCUUCAGCUUUCAGAGCAAGAUUGACAUCACGUCUUAUCAAGGUCUGCUCUUCAUCCUGUGUAUGGUGAUGCUUUUCUGCGCCAUCGUCAUGAGUUUUGUGGUUCCCUUCGGCUACGUGCCCUGGCUGCACGCGGUGUACUCCAGCAUAGGAGCCAUUGUCUUUACCAUGUUUCUAGCCUUUGAUACGCAGCUGCUGAUGGGGAAUAAGCAGUACACUCUGAGUCCUGAAGAGUACGUGUUCGCCACGCUCAGCCUGUAUCUGGACAUCGUGUAUCUGUUCACCUUCCUGCUGCAGAUGUUCGGACAGGGCCGAGAAUGA